AUGGGCGCACAACAAUCAUCUGGUGCCGGAGCUGCUGCCCAGGAGAGCGAGCCUGUGAAGAGAUGCUAUUACGAAGUCCUCGGUGUUGACCGUCACGCGACAGAAGACGAGAUCAAGAAGGCAUACAGAAAACAGGCUCUCCUACUCCACCCCGACCGUAAUUUUGGCGAUGUAGAGAACGCGACCGCCAAAUUCGCAGAAGUGCAAUCUGCUAACGAAAUCCUCUCCGAUCCCCAAGAGCGAGCCUGGUACGAUGCCCACCGCGAUUCUAUCUUGAGAGGAAACGAUGGACCAGCGGAAGAUGACUUCCAACAUAAUGUCCAGAUCACCAGCGCCGGGCACAUCGUGGGCUUGAUGGGCAAAUUUAACCGCAGCGUUCCGAUGACGGAUGCGCCGAACGGGUUUUAUGGUAUACUUCAAGACGUCUUUGCUCAACUGGCCAAGGAGGAGGAUGCGGCUUGCCACUGGGAAGGGCUUGAGCCUGUGCAUUAUCCUGGGUUUGGCAGUGUGGAGGAUGACUAUGCGGAUGUAGUGAAACCCUUCUAUGUCACCUGGAUUAACUUCACCACGAAGAAGACAUUUUCGUGGAGAGACCAGUACAGGGCAUCGGAUGCCCCAGACCGACGGACCAGGCGGCUGAUGGAGAAGGAGAACCAGCGACACAGAGACGAGGGCAUCCGCGAGUUCAAUGAUGCUGUGAGAUCGCUUGUGGCCUUUGUUCGGAGGAGAGACCCACGGUAUAUUCCGAAUUCGCAAACCGAAGCAGAUCGGCAGAAGAUUUUACGCGAUGCAGCCACCGCGCAGGCCGCCCGGUCUCGAGCUGCUAACAAGGCCAAACUGCACACGCAUGUGGUGCAAGACUGGGCCAAGUCUCAAGAGCCCAUCGACAGCAUUUCCGAGCCGGAGGCAUCCGAAGAGUCCGAAAUCGAGCAGAUUGAAUGUGUCGUCUGUCAGAAGAUCUUCAAGAGCGAGAACCAGUACAAGGCUCACGAGAAGAGCAAGAAGCAUAUCAAGGCGGUGCAGCAGUUGCAACGCGAGAUCAAGAGGGAUAACGCACGUUUAAAUCUUGACCCGCCUGACGAGACGGAGCCGAUUGCUCCCGCUGCGGACCUCGAUGCAUUGGACCUCUCGUCAGAUCAGGAGAGAUCCGAGGCUGGGUCCGCUGCUGCGACCCGUCCAGCUCUCCACGGAGAGGCUGAAGUUCACGCAGCGACCUGA